AUGUGGGGUUGGUUUGGCGGGGCUGCCGCUCAGAAACGGAAAGAUGCACCCAAGAAUGCCAUCCUGAUGUUGCGGCAGCAACAAGACAUGCUGCAGAAGCGCGAACGACAUCUUGAGUCACAGAUGGCAGAGCAAGAGGCCAUCGCGAGGAAGAAUAUUAGCUCAAAUAAAACAGCGGCCAAGGCAGCACUACGGCGAAAGAAGUUACACGAAAAGACUCUCGAACAGACAAUCGCACAGAUGCAGCAGGUGGAACAACAGAUCUAUUCCAUCGAGGCAGCGAACAUCAACCAAGAAACCCUGAACGCGAUGAAGAAUGCAGGCCAAGCCAUGAAGCAGAUCCAUGGAAACCUGACCAUCGACAAAGUCGACGCGACUAUGGAUGAGCUGCGCGAGCAGCAUGCACUUGGCGAAGAGAUCGCCACUGCCAUCGCAGGCGCUCCUAUUGGCGAGCCUAUUGAUGAGCAAGACCUGGAAGAUGAGCUGGAGGGCUUGGAACAAGAGGCUUUGGACGAAAAGAUGCUCAAGACCGGCCCAUGCCUGUGGGUGGCGAGCCGGCCAAACUGCCCAGUGUGGGCAACCAACCUCGUAAUCAGAGGAAGAGCCGAAGAAGAAGAUGAGGAGGAAGAAUUACGGAAGCUGCAGGCUGAGAUGGCCAUGUGA